AUGCUGCCUGUCAGCAAAUGCAGUGCCAAGCUGCUCUUUCUGGCCAAAGCAGCAUUGGGGCUGGACGGCUGGUCAUUGCAGAGCCUGGAGGAACCUGUAGAACUGUUGAAGAAACUGAGGACCACAAAGACAAGGGCCUUUGCCCGUGAUGAGAGAGGCGCCUCACUUUUGACCACUUGGAGUCCUUUAGCUGCAGCCCCGCUCACCCUCAAUGCCAGCCUACUUAACACCAUCCAAAGUGAAGAAGACGUUUUUCAGUCUGCGUUUGGGAUCCCGUGGACACCCUAGACUCAUGAGAGAUUCAGGGGAGUGGCCAAACCCACCAUUUCAGUAACCCUGGGCACUGCCAUAGAGCAGAGCAUGGUGACUUUCUGCUGUGGCACCAAGGACAUCAACAUUACCACCCAGUGGGUCUCCAACAGCCUCCCCCUCGUAUUCCGUGAACACAGGCAGCUGUCCGUGGAUGGCAAGACUCUCACCAUCCCCACUGUCCGGCAGGAAGACUCUGGGACUUACCAGUGUGAAGUCUGGGGUGUCCCUCAGAUCCAAAGCAGUGACGCCCCCUUCCUGGAUGUGAACUACGGUCCUGAUGCUGUUGAAAUCAAGUUGGGAUCAGGUGUACCCAGCGGGGAGGUGGUUGAGGUGAUAGAGGGCUCCACCGUGAACUCCUGGGUGGAAACGUCUCACCCAGCCCCUGCCUAUACCUGGUUUCUCCCCAAUGACUCCAUUCUGUCUCUCAUGAAAGCAUUCACCAUCUGUGCCAUGUCCAGAGAUCAAGGGGGCAUGUACAGAUGCUUGGUGUCCAACAAUGCCACCCAGCUGUCCCUCCUGGGUGCUCUUAAAGUCCAAGUCCUUGGUGAACUGACAAAGCCUCUAGUCAUGUGCCUAAGCCUGAAUCUUGUGGAGGAUGCUGGGUCCAUGCCCCUGUCCUGCCAAACUACCCAUCAGUGGGUUGGUGUCGAGUGGCUCCUGAGUGGCCAGCCACUCCUGCCCAGUGAGCCGUUGGCUGACAACAGGACCCAGGUCAUUCACCACCUCUGGCGGAACAACACGGAGCCCUACAAGUGUGAGGUCUGGAACCAGGGCUACUGAGCACAGAGUGACGCCCUUGGGGGUCUGACCAUCAACUAUGGUCCUGACUAAGUUGACACCGCCAGGGGGUCCGCAUCUGGGGUGGUCGGCAUCAUCAAGGUGGGACUCAACUCUAGCCGGACCCUGCACUGUUGGGCUGAGUCCAAGCCAGGCACCGAGUAUUGCUGGGCCCUAGAACACUCUGCCAGGGAGUGUGUGGGGGAGCAGCUGAUCAUUGGCGCUCUGACCUGAGAACACAAAGGGACCUACAACUGCACAGCCUUCAAUCCUCUGACCCACCUGGCUCACUCUGCCUUGGUCCUGGUCAAGGUGGUCAAUCCCCAGUCCUCCUCCAUGUCUGCAGUGGCCAUCGCUGGCAUUGUUAUCAGGAUCCUGGCUGUCACUGCCCUGGUCUCAGGACUGGGCUAUUUCCUCUACAUUAGAAAUGCCAGAUGUGGAGAUGGGCAGGGACUAGAGGCAGAGAAGACUGAGGGCUUUGGGGUUUCAGGCCCUCAAGGAGAGGCAGAGAACCCCAUCCAUGAGGCCACACAACCCACCUCUGAGGAGAAGAACCCUACAGAGCCCAUUUCCAGUGAGUGA